ACCCUAUCCAAGACUCUAAAUAUCGUACAAAGAAGACGGACCUCAUCAAGUUUAAUCAAUGAUGAGCGCCACAUCCUCCGCGACACCACCGAGCCUCCACUCCAGACACUCCGAUCUCCAUCGCCGUAUUCAUAGUGAUAGAUUACUCGUGACAUCGCAGCCUGUAGAGUUUGACCCCUCCCAGCCAGAACGACAGCAUCAUUCUGGACUGUCUUUCAUUUUGAUAUCUCCAACCAAACCACACCAUCGAACUCGCUGAUGCUUUUUGCUGCUCAAGAAGCCCCAACUCCACUCCCGCGCCAUUGCUCGCUUUUAUUUGUUGUUUCAAUCCUCAAUCAAGACACCGUAAGGUCGAAGAAA